AAAGCCUCGUCCACCGCGAGCUCGUUCUACUUUCACGCCGUCUCCCUGGUCCCUUUGUGGGGGAACCGUGUUUUCCGGCGCCUCCUCGCCGUGAAACGGGACUAAUUGUCGGCGUCGCGGCGCCGGUUGUUUUAGCGGAUUUUCCCGCGGCCGGAGAACCGGAGUCUCUCCGCUUUUGUGUCGGACCGGGAGGGCAGCCGAACGUGCAGGAAGAUGCUGCGCCCCGGAACAUGAAUGGUCCGCCGGCUGGUCUAGCCAAGGGCAGCGUGGAUAAAGGUUCGGCUGCAAAGAAAGACGGACUGGAUCCAGCGAGCAACGGGGAGGAAAAGUCAGAUGGAGACAAAGACGUAGCAGCCCGACUGGCCUCUUCCCCUGCAGCAGAGGUGAUGCUCAACGGCGUCGAACGUGACGACACGAGGCACAAGAGCCCGGCGCGUGGCUCCGCUACAGGCGGCAACAAGACUUUACCGCCGUUGAAUGAAAACGGCCUGUUGGACAUGGAGCCACUGCACGGUUCUGUUACUGGAAGCAACGGAUUUGUUCUCACUAAACAGCAGCAGCAGGAAGUUGGCGGCGGCUCUGCGGCAAUGCCAGGUUUGGGACUUUCCCCUCACAGGACUAACUGGCUGCCCUCAGGCACAUCGACAGGGGACACACACACGGUCAAACCCGUCCCUGCCUCGGCGUCGUCGGGGGGUGCACAGACUUCAGGCGCAUUAAGGACUGACCCCAGUACAGGGACUACUUUGGGACAGGGCGUAUCAGACACUAAAAAUGGCACAGCCCCGUCCCAGGCACCCGUCACAAUACACCGAGCGCGCAAGACCAUGUCCAGGCCUGCUGUCAGCCCGGCACAAAAGCUUCUCAACAGGGAAUUAAGGGAAGCGAAAAGUGCCAACGUUGAGAAAACGGAGACUAGCGCCUCGGAGACGCCAUCGCGUCGGUCCCCCUCUCAGAACCAUCUACCUCAGAGUCAGCCAGAUACGCUCGCUUCAGCACAAACGGCGUCAGCGUCCGCCUCACCAGCACCUCCACCAACUGCAGCUCCUCCAGGUCCGGCUCCUGCUCCAGCCAAACUAGGCCCAUACUCAGGAGGUCUGUCCUCCCGCAAGAAGAAGAGGAGGAUGGGGACGUACAGCCUGGUCCCCAAGAAGAAAACCAAAGUGCUCAAGCAGAGAACAAUGCUUGAAAUGUUUAAGGACCUACAACAGUCUGCUAAGAGCCCACAGCCUAAAGAGGUCGUGAACAUCAACGGGGAGAAGAUGGAGAACGCGUCUGAGGAGGAAGAGUCAGAGGAGGUGGAGUCUGAGGACGAGGAAGGACGGCAGACGGCGGACGAGCCCGUCAGCGGUGCUCAUGAAGCAACGUCUGAUCCCAUCUCUCAGGAGGGAGACGAGCAGGAGUCUGAAGAGUCUGGAGAAGAGGAGGGAGAGGAGGAAGGCACGGAGUCGGACAUGAGCUCCGAGUCGAGUCUGAAGAAGAAGUUGAAAAAGAAAAUGAAAGGAGACAGCGCGUGGCUCCGGCCGUCCAGGAAACGGAAGAGGAGGAUAAAGGCCAAAGACCUGGAGAUGGUGGUUCAGCCUCAGGCCUCAGCUCCGGCGCUGGACGGGUCCGAGUACACGCAGAUUCCCCCCCCGGAGUCCGUCAACCUUGGCAACAGUUUGCCCCAAGAGCCUGCGGCUCCGCCCCACAACAAAGGGUCGGCGGCGGCGGCGGCGGCGGCGGUGGUGGAGGUGGAGGAGGCUCAGGAGCUGCCGCUCUGCAGCUGCCGCAUGGAGACGCCCAAGAGUCGGGAGAUUCUCACGCUGGCGGACAGGAAGUGCAUGGCCACGGAGAGCGUGGACGGACAGCUGAGCCGCUGCCAGGGCGCCAUACUGAAACACGAGAUGAUGCGUCCCUCCAACUCUGUCCAGCUGCUGGUGCUGUGCGAGGACCACCGCAACGGCAUGGUGAAGCACCAGUGCUGCCCGGGCUGCGGCUUCUUCUGCAGGGCUGGCACAUUCAUGGAGUGCCAACCGGACGUCACCAUCUCUCACCGCUUCCACCGCGCCUGUGCGUCGGUGCUGAAAGGUCAGAGCUUCUGUCCCCACUGCGGCGAGGAGGCCGGCAAGGCCAAGGAGGUCACCAUUGCCAAGGCCGACACCACCUCCACCUCCACCUCCACCGUGCCCGCCGUGCUUGCGCACGGACCCGCCACGCCUGGCGCCCCUGAGGGCCGAGCGGAUACCACCACCGGCAGCUCUUCUCGUCUGGCGAUUGGAGCCGAGGCCAGCGGCCGGGCCGACAGCUCCCUGUCCGUCCGUUCUUCCCACGGACACCUCGACGGGACCUCGGCCGGUCCCGGGUCGACCCGGACAUCCACGCUGCAGGCCAGUAUGGGAACGACCGCUUCGCCAACGGUUCCUCAAGGACAGUCCAGAGAAACUCUGGAGAGCAUCCUGGUGGCUCUGGACACAGAGAAGCCCAAGAAGCUGCGUUUUCACCCCAAGCAACUUUACCUCUCAGCCAAACAGGGAGAACUCAAGAGGGUCCUGCUCAUGUUGGUGGACGGCAUCGACCCAAACUUUAAGAUGGAGUCUCAGAACAAACGCACUGCGCUUCACGCUGCAGCGGAGGGAGGAUUCAAAGACAUCUGCCACAUGCUCGUACAAGCCGGUGCAAACUUGGACAUGUGCGACGAAGACCAGCGGACACCACUGAUGGAGGCGUGUGAGAACAACCACAUGGAGGUGGUGCUGUACCUGCUGAGAGCCGGAGCCAGCGCCACACACAAAGAUGUUGAAGGGUUCACGUGUCUCCACCUAGCGGCAAAAUCUGGCCAUUACAACAUCGUCGAGCACCUUCUCUCCACUGGACUUAUCAACAUCAACUGUCAGGACGAUGGAGGUUGGACGGCCAUGAUCUGGGCGACGGAGUACAAACACGUGGACCAGGUGAAGCUGCUUCUGUCCAAAGGAGCCGACAUCAGCGUCAGGGACAAGGAGGAAAACAUCUGCCUUCACUGGGCAGCGUUCUCCGGCAGCGUGGAGAUCGCAGAGCUGCUGCUGAACGCCCGCUGUAACCUGCAGGUGGUGAACAUCCACGGAGACUCCCCUCUGCACAUCGCUGCUCGGGAGAAUCGCCUGGAAUGUGUCACGCUGUUCCUGUCUCGGGGAGCGAACGUGUUUCUGAAGAACCGCGAGGGAGAAACUCCGCCGGACUGCUGCAGCCAUAACUCCAAGGCCUGGGCGGCGCUGCAGGCCAACAGGAAGGAGAGGGAUGCCAGGAACUCCAGGCUCAGUCGAGCAGAGGAAAAAGUCCUUCACAGUGACAUCGCUCUGGGGCAGGAGCGAGUUCCCAUUCCCUGUGUCAACUCUGUGGACAGCGAACCGUUACCGGAUAACUACAAAUACAUCCCCGAAAACUGCGUCACCUCCCCCAUGAACAUCGACAGAAACAUAACGCACCUACAGUAUUGUGUUUGUAAGGAAGAUUGUUCUGCAAGUAUCUGCAUGUGUGGACAACUCAGUCUGCGCUGCUGGUACGACAAGAGCGGUCGUCUUCUCCCUGAGUUCUGCCGCGAGGAGCCUCCGCUCAUCUUUGAGUGCAACCACGCCUGCUCCUGCUGGAGGACCUGCAAAAACCGCGUUGUGCAAAACGGACUCAGGACCAGACUUCAGCUCUUCAGGACCAGUAAGAAGGGCUGGGGCGUCCGGGCCCAGCAGGACAUUCCACAGGGGACCUUUGUAUGCGAGUACGUGGGCGAGAUCAUCUCGGAGGCGGAAGCGGAGAUGAGGCAGAACGACGCUUACCUGUUCAGUCUCGACGACAAGCCUCAAGACUUGUACUGCGUCGACGCCCGUUUCUAUGGAAACAUUAGCCGCUUCCUCAACCACAUGUGUGAGCCCAACCUGUUCGCCUGCCGAGUGUUCACGACGCACCAGGACCUUCGAUUCCCGCACAUCUCCUUCUUCGCCAGUGAAAACAUCAAGGCUGGAGAGGAGCUUGGGUUUAACUACGGUGACCACUUCUGGGAAGUCAAGAGCAAGCUGUUCAACUGCGAGUGCGGCUCCGCAAAGUGUAAGUACUCGUCGGCGGCCAUGGCGUCACUGCAGGCCGACAGCACACCGGAGGACCGGCAGCAGCCCAGCGCAUCGCCAGACACCAGCUCAUCCAACAGCCCCCCAAGUCCUUCGUAAAGGCCUCGUCCUCACGCUAAGCUCCAACCACACGAACAUGACUGACGGACACACGGGGGGAGGGGGGGGCACACGUGUCCAUUCACUAAUGAACUUUUAUGAACUUGUACUGUAUUUCUACUUGGACCAUAAGACGUCACACACUUUACAGAAGCAGACGCGCACACAGUCGAAUCCCAGAAGAAAGUCACUGCUCCUUUUAUUCCAGCCUGUGUUUGAGACGAACAGCAGGGGGCAGCGACGUCACGCACAGCAGACAAAAAACAGUCUUCACAUUUCAUACUUUUGCUGGGAAGGAGAACUGCAUUUUUUUGUGUCUUUAUGAAGAUAAUCGGUUGACAUUGUCGAAUGGCUUUUUUUGUGUUAAGUCAUGAUAUAGGAUUUUCGGGGGGUUGAGGAUGAGCGUAUCGUUGUCUUUUGCGAAGACAACCUCGCUGACAGCUUGGUUAAACUCGUUUGACCGUUCUGGUCACUUAUCAUGAACCAUUCCAGCAAAAAUUAGCUGAUAAACAAUGAAUUAUGUUGCCACUUUUUUUUUUUUGUCGCCGUGUUUGAAUGGACGUCCCAACAUUUGCUACUACAGUUGGUUAUGAAUUUAAUGAACUGACUCAAAUGAGCUACUCAAGUGAGUAAAGAUUGUCUGACAGAAAGAUGCUGCACCAUUCCUCAAAAAUGAGGCGUUUUUUCUAGUCUGAAUAAAUUGGCUCACAUCUUUUUCCUUUUUUUUAUUAAGCAUGGAGGAUCUUAACGUGUCGGAUAUUUUGCAAAUGGUUUUGGACGAAUUCAUUAAAGUGAAGUAGAGUAAACGAAAAAGAAAAAACUAAUAACAUGGUGCUGACAAGGGUUUUUACUUUUGUUUUCAUUUGUAUUUACCCAAGUGAACAUAGUUUGUAAAAUAAGAGAAACAUUUUAAGUUUUUUAUGUUUUAAUUUUAUCUCCAGUUUUUUUUCUAAUCGUAGUUACUGUAGUUUAGGCCUCUUUUUAAUUUUGUCUCAUCAUUUUUGCCAACCGAAGCCAACCCCGUCUUUUUAAAUGUUGUUAGUAAAAAGCAGUGACUGUUGAGCGAGGUUUGAAAAGGUAUAAAUGGGGUGUGGGGGGGGGGUUAUGAAAAAUGCACUUCCAGUUCGCUCUGUUACAUAUUUCUGGACCGUGAACCAUCCAUCUAAUUGGUUGUAUCUUUUUCAAUAAAUUUACUACUAAUGCAUUUA